AUGGUUCGCCUCAAGCACCGAUACAUUCUUUUUGACAUUCUCUAUCCCCCGGUGAAGAAUCCCUCUACAGGUGAGCAGAAACGAAAGUCUGCUGCCUUCAACAAAAGUCCCAGGGAUUGUCUUUUACAACUUCACACUCAGACACCAGCCACCGUGAAUGGACGAGUCAUUGUCUCACUACUAAAGACAGUGAUUGAAGACCAUUUUGGGGAGCUAGCGUCUGGGACGGUUGCCCUGCUGAUCAUCGUGAAGUACUUCAGUAAUAGAACAUCCACUGGUAUCAUCCGAUGUAAUAGAACAGAAUUCCAAAAGGUAGUUGCUGCAUUGGCACUUGUCACGAAGCUCGAAGGCUACGAGGUUGUAAUGAGAUGUGUUCAUGUGAGUGGAACAAUUCGCAAGUGCGAGGACUUCUCUAUUAGAAGGAACAGAGAACUCAUGAACGAGAUAGGAAAGGGAGAUGAUGAAGAGCUCCUCAAUGAAUUGAUGCAACUGUUUGGGAAGCAUGAUGAUGCCGACGAAGGUGAUGAUGAAAUGUAA